CCAUAGAUUAGUAACGCAUUAUACCAGUAAAUUGAAUUUAAUAACUUUUCUUCACUCUUAACAACUUUUUCCGACCGAUAACAUUAGCGAACUGACAGUUCAGUGGGCGGCGUAUCAGACUGGUAGCUCCAUAAAGAAUAUGCAUAAUACAUUUAAAUGCACCACAGUUUUCAUAUAAUUGCUUCACCACUUAAGCUCUUAUCAGAAUAAUCUGUUGAACGUGACCGAAGCCAUGGUGGCUGGUAAUAACAAUGCCAUUUAUGAGGCUUAUUACAACUAUGUGGACUCAAAGGGGAUCGGAACAGUGGGUGCUAUGGAGGCAGCUCACUUCCUCAAGAAAUCUGGUUUAAGUGAUGUAGUGUUAUCUAGAAUCUGGGACUUAUCAGAUCCAGGUGGUAGGGGUUGCUUGGACAAGACUGGGAUGUUUGUUGCUCUGAAGCUGGUGUCUCUGGCCCAGGCUGGAAGGGACAUCAAUAUGUCUAAUAUUAAUUUGGAUAUGGCACCACCCAAAAUGGGCGAAAUACAAUUACCAAAACCAAAGAAACCUCCUCUGCCUACAAAUACUCCUCUAAUAACAUCACUACCGCCGACAGCUGUAGACUGGACUGUGAAACCGUCUGAAAGGGAAAAGUACGAUACGCUGUUCGAUUCUCUUCAACCGAUCAACGGGAUGAUACCAGGAAAUAAGGUGAAAAAUGUGCUUAUGGACUCGAAACUUCCUUUGGAGACAUUGGGCAAAAUUUGGGAUUUAGCUGAUCAGGACAAGGACGGUAUGCUCGAUAGACCGGAAUUCGUAGCUGCAAUGCAUUUAGUGUACAAAGCUUUGGAGAAAAACGCGAUUCCGAACACCCUGCCGCCGGAAUUGAUGCCGCCUGUGAAGAGGAAAGGGUCGACGCCGAUGACGAUGCCUCUGAUCGCCGGAUUGGAUGGUGUCAAACCGAAAAUGCCUCCUUCUGUUCCAGCUAUUCCUCCAAUGACUAGUCAGCCGGUUACCCCGUCGCUGAUUUCGACCAAUUCCAAUCCGCCACCUAGACCCGUGCAGCCGGUGCCGCCAACCACCCAGCACAAUUGGGUUGUGACCGUAGACGAGAAGGCCAAGUCGGACGCGCUUUUUAUUAAAAGCGACGUCGACAAGGACGGCUUCGUUUCCGGGCAGGAAAUCAAGGAUGUCUUCCUGCAGUCCGGCGUGCCGCAGCAAGUUCUAGCGCAUAUAUGGGCACUUUGCGAUAUCAAUCAAAGUGGUAAACUGAACAACGAGCAGUUCGCUUUGGCCAUGUGGUUCGUCGCCAGAUGUUUGAAGGGUGUCAAUCCACCGCCCAGCCUCAAUCCGGACAUGAUCCCACCAUCAUACCGUUCGAACAAGUCUACUGAUGGUCCUGUGGAAAAUAACAACACAUGCUAUUCUAAUCCGGAAUUAGAAAUGAUCAGCAAGGACAUCCAGGAGUUGGCGAGAGAGAAGUACGCAUUGGAGAGCGAUAUAGCUCAAAAGGAGGCUGACAUUAAGGUGAAGAGCGGAGAGAUCAAGAGUUUACAAAGUGAAUUGGAUACUUUGGCUGCAACUUUGAAGCAACUCGAGAAUCAGAAAGGCGAAGCUAUGAAACGUCUCGGCGAUUUAAAGGCACAGAAGACCAGUGUAGACAGUGAGUUAGAGGAUGUGCAAUUGGAGUUAGAUGAGCACAGCAAUAAGGUUGAGAGGUUGAGGAGUCAAGCGGCCGAGCAAGCUGAAGUGAUCCACACGCAGGAGGCCGAGUUGAUGAGCAAAAAGGAGCAGCUCGAAAGCCUCAAGCAGGAGGAACAAAGGCUUGAGCAUCUGAAGGCUGAUAACACCAACACAUUGGAUUCGCUUUCGGGAAAGCUGCAAUCCACGCAGCUCAACAUCAGCCAAGCUAAGGCAUUGAUAACCCAAUUACAAGAACAAUCGAGACAAAUGCAUGAUGCCAUUGCAACUUGCGACACGGCCAUUAGUUCAGGUGACGCUUCGACCGUCGUAGACACUGUUCUUAGAAUCAAUCCAGACUUCCGCGAUGCUGAAUACAAGAAACUCAUUUCCGUCAACGGAAUGACUGAGCAGAACGGCUUUGACAAUAAAAAGAGCGAUCCAUUCACUGUACAAAAUGGUCAUUCCAACUCGGCAUCACAAGGUUUCGACAGCGAUCCAUUUGCCAGUGAUCCGUUCAAGGCUAAUGAUGCCGGCGCUGAUGGAUUUGCGGCUGCCGAUCCCUUCAAUAAUCCUACUGCUUUUGCGGAAAAUGAAACUUUUGCGGCGGAUCCGUUCAACAAUUUCGAAUCCCGGGCGGCGACGAAGCCGGAUCCUUUCAAUGCCUUCGGGGAUGCCAAGGCGAACGCAACGACGCCGGAGCCUGACAAGGAUCCGUUCGGAUGCGAUCCUUUCGCUGUGUUGCACGCGCCAACCAGAGAUGGAGCUGGUCCCGGAAGACCGACCAGUCCGAGUCCAGCUCUUCCACCGAAGAAAUCGAAACCACCAAGACCUGCUCCGCCACGCCCACAGCCACCCUCAUUUAAGGCUCCGCAGCAGGACCCAUUUUCGGCUCCUAAUAGUAGUGACCCAUUCUCUUCGGGCGGAGCCGGCGGAUUCGCAGACUUUGCAGACUUUGAUGCCAAGUUCUCCGACAAGCCAAGUGCAACCAAACCAGCGAAUGUUCCAAGCAAAGGGCUAGAGUUCACGGACGAUCCGUUUAGGGAUUAUAGAUACGAGGAUCCGUUCAAUAUAGCGUUCGACGACGAGCCCUCCGAUUCGAAGGACAACGAUGACGGCGCGAACAGCAAGGAUUCGGUCUUCGGGGCGGACUUUGGCAAGGAGGACAAAUUCGAUCCUUUCGGACUCGGAGGAAGACAGUCGGUGCCGUUGCCGAGCAUCGCUAGAUCCAUCGAACCGCCACCUACUACCGGCCGACUGUCCGCUCCUCCGACUAGCAAGAACAAAAUGCCCAGUGAGGACAAGCAGCUGGAGUGGGCUGCACUGGAGAGCCUGAGGCUGGAGGACCUACGCAAACAAAGACAAUUGCAAGAACAAGCUGACCUUGAGAUGGCUAUAGCUCUUAGCAAAGCCGAUAAUAAUAAACAGUAGCGUAUAUGUGUUUAAAUAUUUAAAGAGAUAAGGAAAGAAAGAGAGCGAGAGAGAAAAAGAAAAAAGGCAAGAAAGAUAAUCGAUGAUGAUCGUGGUGCAAGUGAUUUCCUUGAGGACAUUAUUUAUCCUCUUACUUUCUUCCAUUUUUCGUUUCGUUUAUUCAAUGGAAACAUAUCAUUUCGGUUUGCGUUGUUUCUUUCAAAGUUUUAACAGAAGACGACUUGUGUAUUUACACCCCCUGUUUCAUAUGUGAGUACUAGCAAAACGAUAUUUUCUUUAUUUCCUUUAUUGAGCGCUUUAACUAGACAAAUCGACUUGGGCAUUGAAGGAAAAGAAUACAUAAAUCACAGCAUAUUUGAAUGAAGGAGUAAAAACAUUGUGUAGGUGUAUCUGGUUAGAAAUCGAAUUGUAAAUCUCUAAAAAAGAAAAGAUGGAACCACCAGAAAUUUGAUAACUCAAUUAUUAUAUAUAUUAACUACAUGUAUACUCUUAAACCAAAAUACUAUAGUUACAGAGCUUCUUUUUAUUUUCAUGUUAUGUCUGUACAUAAUUUGUUUAAUUUUUAAUUAUUCGAUGAAGGAGGCCAUCCAGUAUUUAUUUUCGUACUAUCGAUACACAGUGAUUUAUUUAACCUGAAGCUUGACAAAAAUAGUAACUAGCUGCACCACAUGUAGGAAGCAUUGCUUUUUCUUAAUUUUUGUAGUCGUAUUUAUGUU